AUGAUUAUCGCUUUCCUCGAGCAAGAACACCGUGAGUGGGACCUACACCUCCCCGACUUUCGUUUCGCUUACAAUACCGCAUAUCAUACUUCCGCCCAAGCGAGUCCAGCGUUCUUAAAUCUCGGUCGGACACCAGUUCCAAUAAACUCUCUUCGGCGAAUAGCCAGCGGCGACGUACAAGUGGAAAGACAGAGUCCGGAACUCUGGAAGGAGCGUAUGGAACGCCUCCAACUGUUACGGGAAUGGGUCGUCGAAAACCUGGCUAACGCGUUUGAACGACAAGCGGGUUAUUACAAUCGCCGUCACCGGGCCCAGCCGUACUACGUGGGAGAACUAUUAUUGAAACGCCAACAUACUCUUUCUUCGGCAGCUCAAAAUUACAGCGCCAAACUGGCUAAGAAAUUCCAUGGACCAUAUCGCAUUACCAGAACCAUCUUCCCUGUAGUCGUUGAACUCAGCGACGUAGUUAGUAACAAGGUGAUUGGGAAAACCCAUAUUGGGCAUUUAAAGGUGUGA